GUUGAACUCUGACGGUCACUGUGACGUCACAUUCCAACAGGGCGACUCCUGCUAGCCAGUUGAUGGAGUAAUCGUGGACGGGUGAAAACAGGGAACGUCUUCAAGAACACAAGAAGUGUUAAAAAGUUAGGGGGUGGCGCUUGAGAAAGAAAGGAGGACAAAUGAAUAUUCUAAAAUGUUUCAUGCUGCCGCAGGAUGGGAUGGGCCAAGUCGGUUGGCAUGGGAUCGAAGAUUUUGCAGGUCUGAUAUGGACAUCAAUAACCUCAGAACCCACAAAACUGGACUUGUCACUAAUUAAAAGAACUGUGUAUAGAAAGCUGGCCGUCAUGGAACAGUUGUGAAUGUACACUCUGUGGCCGUGCCAUUUUGGUAGAGGUGGCAUUUCGUGGAUCUCUGUGGUCUACUUCUGCUGUCAACCGUCCACUUCAAGGGCUACGACCAGAGGAGCCCCUGCCUGCCACAUGGUGGACCCUCUUUCCGAGGCCCAAACCGCGCUCGGAAGAUGGUAUUUGCCAAGUCAUCUCGCUGUUCCGGUGUUACAACCCGAGCAUCGCAUACCCGGUGAUCGUCGGCUGCUUCUUCGCCAUCUUCUUCAUUUGUCUGACCUGGUUCAUUCACGGGAAGAGAAUGUGGUCGUCGGCACCUCUGAGUGCAGACCGAUCCAAGAGGCCUCACUUCCAGUGUGGCAAGGAAGAAGAUCUGGGAAGAAGUGGGAAAAAAAUCUCUAUUUCGUGAUGGUGGUAUUAGGAAUGAAGAAAUAAAGAAAUUUAAAGAAUUAUCUGUUAUGACAUUCAAGCCAAAAGAGAAGAUUGAAUUAAUUACAGGCUUAACAAAGCAAUAUAUGGAAAUUGAAAAAGAUUGUUUCCCAGAUGUGGUUAUGGGAUCAUAUGAAAAAUGCCAUUGUGAUGUACCAAAGAAACAUUUAUCCAAGUUGAUCAGAGUUAGGAAUGAAUAUAAAAUGUCGAAACCAUUGUAUACACCUCUUAUGGAAAGUGAUGCUGUUGAUCGUUCAGAGACUAACUUAAGGCAAAAACUUGUUCUAAGUUUGUGGGGAUCUCCAAAUUUGUUUGAAAAGUCAUUGAAAACAAUGAUACCGGCAGUGCCACCUGCACCUCCACUUAUCAAAGGAAGAGAAACUACAAUGGUUUGGAAACAGAUUUCAUUGAAGAAAAAGUCAGAAACAAAGAAAAAAUGAAGUCAAUGAGCUCAGCAUGCCUGCACGAGGCAGCGCCAAUGCAAUCCUACCCAAGAUCCACAAACCUGCCUGUCCCAGUAGACCCAUUGCCUCAGCUUGCUCCUGCCCCACCGAACUCAUUUCUGCAUAUGUUGACACUGUUUUAUCCCCCCUUGUUCAAUCUCUUCCCACCUAUGUUCGUGACUCUUCUCACACUUUAAAUUUUUUCAAUGAUUUUAAUUUCCCUGGCCCCCACCGCCUUAUUUUCACCAUGGACGUUCAGUCCCUAUAUACCUCCAUCCCCCACCAGUAAGGUCUAAAAGCUCUUCGCUUCUUUUUGGAUAACAGACCUAACCAAUUCCCCUCUACCACCACUCUCCUCUGUCUAGUGGAAUUAGUACUUACUCUGAAUAAUUUCUCCUUUGGCUCCUCCCACUUCCUCCAAACCAACGGUGUAGCCAUGGGCACCCGCAUGGGUCCCAGUUGUGCCUGCCUUUUUGCUGGCUUUGUGGAACAGUCCAUGUUCCAAGUCUGUAUGGGUAUCCGUCCCCCUCUUUGCUACAUUGACGACUGCAUUGGUGCUGCCUUCUGCACGCUUGCUGAGCUCGUUGACUUCAUUAACUUUGCCUCCAACUUUCACCCUGCCCUCAAAUUUACCUGGUCCAUUUCCGACACCUCCCUCCCCUUUCUUGAUCUUUCUGUCUCCACCUCUGGAGAUGGCUUAUCUACUGAUAUCUACUAUAAGCCUACAGACUCUCACAGCUACCUGGACUAUUCCUCUUCCCACCCUGUCUCUUGCAAAAAUGCUAUCCCCUCCUCACAAUUCCUCUGUCUCCACCGCAUCUGCUCUCAGGAUGAGGCUUUUCAUUCCAGGACGAAGGAGAUGUCUUCCUUUUUUAAACAAAGGGGCUUCCCUUCUUCCACCAUCAAUUCUGCUCUCAAACACAUCUCUCCCAUUUCCUGCACAUCUACCCUCACCCCAUCCACCCGCCACCCCACUUGGGAUAGGGUUCCCCUUGUCCUCACCUACCACCCCACCAGCCUCCAAGUCCAAUGUAUAAUUCUCUGUAACUUCCACCACCUCCAAUGGGAUCCCACUACCAAGCACAUCUUUCCCUCCCACACUCUUUCUGCUUUCCGCAGGGAUUGCUCCCUACGCGACUCCCUUGUCCACUUGUCCUCCCUAUCCCUUCCCACCGACCUCCCUCCUGGCACUUAUCCUUGUAAAUGGAACAAGUGCUACACCUGCCCUUACACUUCCUCCCUCACCACCAUUCAGGGCCCCAGACAGUCCUUCCAGGUGAGGCGACACUUCACCUGUGAGUCGGCUGGUGUGGUAUACUGCGUCCGGUGCUCCUGGUGUGGCCUUUUAUAUAUUGGUGAGACCCGACGCAGACUGGGACACCGUUUUAAUUCCACAUCCCAUUCCCAUUCUGAUAUAUCUAUCCACGGCCUCCUCUACUGUCAAGAUGAAGCCACACUCAGGUUGGAGGAACAACACCUUAUAUACCGGCUGGAUAGCCUCCAACCUGAUGGCAUGACCAUUGAUUCUCUAACUUCUGUUAAUGCCCCUCCUCCCCUUCUUAUCCCAUCCCUGACAUAUUUAGUUGUUUGUUUUUUUCUCUCUCUCUGCCCAUCACUCUGCCUGUUCUCCAUCUCCGUCUGGUGCUCCCCUCCCCCUUUCUUUCUCCCUAGGCCUCCCGUCCCAUGAUCCUUUCCCUUCCCCAGCUCUGUAUCACUUUUGCCAGUCACCUUUCCAGCUCUCAGCUCCACCCCACCCCCUCUGGUCUUCUCCUAUCAUUUCGCAUUUCUCCCUCCCCCACUACUUUCAAAUCUCUUAGUAUCAUUCCUUUCAGUUAGUCCUGAUGAAGGGUCUCGGCCUGAAGCAUCGACAACGCUUCUCCCUAUAGAUGCUGCCUGGCCUGCUGUGUUCCACCAGCAUUUUGUGUGUGUUGUUUAAUUAUCAUUAAGACAUUUUAUGGGUUCUGCACCACCUGUGAAUAUCAUAAAGUCAUCAGAAGCUAUGAUAAGUAUGAAGAACAAUAACAUUGAAAUCAGAGUGACUUGUAAAACUAAAAAUCUGCAGAAAAUGUUUGUGCAACUAAAUAGAAUGAAGUUUACCUCAGCACAAAAUAUAAAAGAGAACAAUAAAACAGAUACAAAAUCAGGAAGAGAAUUUAUUUCCGCUUGCCUUAAAGAAGAAGCUAAAGGUAAACUAGAUAUUUCCUUGAUAAAACAGCAUGUAGAAGUUCACCAAGUCACUUUGCCAGAAAAGGUGAUGAAGUCCUAUGAAAUCACAUCAAAAAGAUCAUUUCCAUAGCCUGUUCUAGCUAGAAAUAGAUUCAAAAAACCAAGACCAUUGUAUCUAUC